GACACGGGAGGAGGCACACGAGGUGGAAAGUGGACGGGUGCCUCGGGUCACCGCCUUUUCCCAGGGCGCAAACUCAGCAGGAUGUCAGACAAGCUCAAGGAACGCAAAAGAACCCCAGUUUCCCACAAAGUGAUAGAAAAGAGGAGGAGGGACAGGAUCAACCGCUGCUUGAACGAGCUGGGCAAGACGGUGCCUAUGGCCUUGGCAAAGCAGAGUUCUGGGAAGCUGGAGAAGGCGGAGAUCCUCGAGAUGACGGUUCAGUACCUGAGAGCACUGCAUUCUGCUGAUUUUCCUCGCGGGAGGGAAAAAGCAGAGCUUCUAGCGGAAUUUGCUAACUACUUCCAUUAUGGCUACCAUGAAUGCAUGAAGAAUCUUGUGCAUUACCUUACCACUGUGGAGAGGAUGGAGACGAAGGACACCAAGUACGCGCGCAUCCUCGCCUUCUUACAGUCCAAGGCCCGCCUGGGCAGUGAGCCUGCCUUCUCGCCCCUGGGGUCCCUCACAGAGCCGGAUUUCUCUUACCAACUACACCCAGCAGGGCCUGAAUUGACCAGUCACAAUCCGGGUGAAGCUGCUGUCUUCCCGCAGAGCGCCGCCCCUGGGCCCUUCCCCUGGCCGCACGGCGCCGCCCGCAGCCCGGCGCUGCCCUAUCUGCCCAGCGCGCCGGUGCCGCUGCAAAGUCCCGCACAACCACACAGCCCCUUCCUGACGCCAGUGCAGGGCCUGGACCGCCAUUACCUCAACCUGAUCGGCCACGCCCACCCCAACGCCCUCAACCUGCACACGCCCCAGCACCCCACAGUUCUCUGACACCUACUCCACGGCCACAUUUCU